GACGCCGCGAGAGCGCCGGGGCGUUGCUGGGAAACAUCUGCCGACGCCUGCGGCGGGGACCCGGCGACAUGGCGGCGGCUGCGGCGCUGGCGCGGCUAGCGGCGGCUUUCCUCCUCCUCACGGCCCAGGUGGCCUGUGAGUACGGCAUGGUGCAUGUGGUGCCCGAGACAGGCGGCCCCAGAGGCAAGGACUACUGCAUCCUGUACAAUCCGCAGUGGGCCCACCUGCCGCACGACCUCGGCAAAGCGUCUCUCCUGCAGGUGCGGGACUGGACGGCCUCCGUGCUCUGCUCUCCCUCCAGUCUCCCUGCCAAAGGCUUCACGAACCAGCUCCCCGUGGUGGCGCGGGGGAACUGCACCUUCUACGAGAAAGUGAGGCUGGCCCAGGGCAGUGGGGCCCGUGGGCUGCUCAUCGUCAGCAAGGAGGCGCUGGUCCCCCCAGGAGGCAACAAGACUCAGUAUGAUGAGAUCGGCAUCCCUGUGGCCCUGCUCAGCCACAGAGACAUGCUGGACAUCUUCCAGACUUUCGGCCAGGCGGUGCGGGCAGCACUGUACGCACCCAAGGAGCCCAUGCUGGACUACAACAUGGUCAUCAUCUUCAUCAUGGCCGUGGGCACUGUCGCUCUUGGGGGCUACUGGGCCGGGAGCCGGGACGUGAGGAAGAGGUACAUGAAGCACAAGCGGGACGACGGGCCCGCGAAGCAGGAGGACGAGGCGGUGGACGUGACGCCCGCCAUGAUCGGAGUCUUCGUGGUCACGUGCUGCUCCAUGCUGGUGCUGCUCUACCACUUCUACGACCAGCUCGUCUAUGCGAUCAUUGGGAUUUUCUGCCUGGCCUCCUCCACAGGCCUCUACAGCUGCCUGUCACCGCUCGUCCAGAGGCUGCCGUUCUGCAAAUGCAGGGUUCCGGACAACAGCCUACCCUACUUCCACAAGCGCCCACAGGUCCUCACGCUGCUCCUGGCGCUGCUGUGCGUGGCUAUCAGCGUGGUGUGGGGCGUCUUCCGGAAUGAGGACCAGUGGGCCUGGAUCCUUCAGGAUGCGCUGGGUAUCGCCUUCUGCCUCUACACCUUGAAAACCAUCCGCCUCCCCACGUUCAAGGCUUGCACGCUGCUGCUGCUGGUGCUGUUCAUCUACGAUGUCUUUUUCGUGUUCAUCACGCCCUUCCUGACCAAGAGCGGGAACAGCAUCAUGGUGGAGGUGGCCACCGGGCCCUCGGACUCAGCCACCCACGAGAAGCUCCCCAUGGUCCUGAAGGUGCCCAGACUGAACACCUCACCGCUAGCCCUGUGUGACCGGCCGUUCUCCCUCCUGGGCUUCGGGGACAUCCUGGUCCCAGGGCUGCUUGUGGCCUACUGCCACCGCUUUGACAUCCAGGUGCAGUCCUCCAGGGUCUACUUCGUGGCCUGCACCGUCGCCUAUGGCAUCGGCCUCCUGGUGACGUUCAUGGCGCUGGCACUCAUGCAGCGCGGCCAGCCCGCCCUCCUCUACCUGGUGCCCUGCACGCUCAUCACCAGCUGUGCCCUGGCCCUCUGGCGCAGGGAGCUGGGCGUGUUCUGGACGGGCAGCGGCUUUGCGGUGAAUACCAGUUUGCUAUGACUGUCUGCGAGAAGUAAUAGCCUGAUAAGCCCUAACUAGAGUUAAAAAGGACCUGCCUCAGCCCGCCUGGGCGCCGGCUUCAGCCGACGGCCCGCAGCCCCGGCCCAACUCAGACACCGCCCCCUCCCAGCAGCCUCGGGCCGAAGAGCCGGCCCCGUCC